UAAAGUGACAUGUAUUGGAAAUACAAGUAACAUUUGUAGCCGACGGCAGUUAAAUUUGAAAUGAUUAGCAUACCAAAUUUCGACUGCGAACUUAACCCCAGAGAUUUCAAGACUGGAGCAAACGAGAUUCUCGCCAACAUCAGGCAUGACUGGGACCUUGACAGAGUAACUUUUAAGAGAUGCACUAACGGGUUUAUAAACCAUGUAACCACAGCUAGCAUGGACGGAGGCGAUGAUAAGGUGAUAAUUAGGAUUUUCGGGAGCCAAUGCAACGAAUCGUUUGACAGAGCUCAGCAAAUUACAGCAACCCUUUUGCUGAAUGAGAUGAAGAUUUCACCACGCGUCUUGUGCAUAUUCAAGAACGGGUUCUGUUUUGAGUAUGUUGAAGGACUUGUAUUAGACUGGAAUGAUUUUUCGGCGCUCGAUGACAUUCGUAUUGCCAUGGCCUAUGCGAGGGAACUAGCACGAUUCCACUGCAACCUUACACGUGAAUACGCCAUCAACAAAUACAAAUUAAAAGAGAGGAACUUCGUCAACAAUCAUCUGCAUACGCUCUUGGGAAUGUAUCCGUCUACUGAGCAGAUCAAGGAAGAAAGCGCAAGGGCAUUAUUUGAAAAAUCGGCACCUUCAAAGGCUACAAUUGCUCGUGAGAUCGAGGCAUUGAAAAAAAUGGUGGAUGAUAUGAAACUUCCGCUUGUCUUCUGCCACAACGAUUCAAAUGCAACCAACAUCAUUUACAACAAAGAAAACGACAAAUGCACCCUAGUUGAUUAUGAUAUGGCGGGGUUCGGAUAUGCUGCAUUCGACUUGGCUCUUUUUCUCAAGUUUAUUUGUUUUGAUCUUUUUACCGCGCCGCCUUCCGACAGUCCACGCUGCCAACCCGAAUACAGGAAGGGAGUUUUACUGGAAUACUUGAAGGUCAAGUGUAAACUUGACGGUGAAGACGAAGGGCGGGCCAUGCAACUCUUUGAUAGGUGCUACGCCCAGGUCAGGAAGAUGUAUCUGGUUGUUAGUAUGAUAUUUAGCAUAUACAUGAUCGAUGUGACGCUGAAAGAAGUUCAUAUGGGAUCACCGAUUGAGUUCAUGAGAAAGGCCCUGGACGUAUACGAAACACAUUACCUCAACUGCAAAGAAGAGUUGAUGGAUCUGCCUGUCCCAGAACUACUCUAAGAGAUAAAAAGUUCAAUGCCAAUGUCGACGACAACCACGAUGAAUUUCGA